AUGAGCGGCUACAUAGUAAAACACCCGAACCUAUCGCCAUCCCUUCAGGACGUUUUCAGCGAACAAGUACCCAAACGGGACCUCCGUAAGGACAUUCAGUUCAAGAAAAUGAAGGCCGUGGGCCAUGCGAUCCGGACAUGGCUGGAUAGGCUCCAUGGAUCUCGUCUGAUCCUUUACUGUGAUAAUGACGCUUGUGUAAUGGACUUCAGAAGUCUUCCAUCCGAGGGCCGGCGAUGA